UUUCGGAAUAUUGGAGAAUCUCCUCAUACAAACGUGAUUCGGUGAUUCUGCUUUUGUACUUAUUGAUACUGUUGUGUGAUGUAUUAUUUUAAUAUUAGUAAUUAAAGUUAGUUUUAAUUAUACUCAAAGUAUUAAAAUCUGUAAAAUUCAACUCCUGAUGGAGGUUAAAUGAUAUCGUAUAUUUAAUCGAAGCUCGGGUUAAAAAUGCUUUUAAUAAUCGUCUUGAUUUCUAUCAUCGCAGCUUUUACUUCGUGUUUUUUGUUCAAUUGGAGUUACUAUGUGAUUUUAUAUGCUUUUUCUGAUUUUGUGUUAUUUACGUUAGAAUGGGUCAUAAAACUCAUAUAUACAGCAGUUCUAAUCAUAGUUUUUUUCGCCAUACUUUUCUACAUAUACCAAUGUUUUCAAAGUAAGGUUAUUCCAGUAGUCCAUUACUCAGACGAGAAUUUCUACCAGAUCAUCGCAUCGGCGGCGCCUAUCAUAAAACAAUGUUAUAUUCCAACGUUCAUGUGGGGGCAUUGUGGCCACAUUCAAACCAUCAUAUUCGCACUAUGGGGACGGUUCAAUUGUCCAAAUGUGAAGGGAGAACGGAUUACCCUGAAGCUUGCCGAUGGCGCUACAAUGUCGUAUGAUAUUUUCCACAGCAGCAACAGUGAAAACUCUAAUGAAGAGGUCAUGUUCUUCGUGGCUCCAGGAUUCGCUAACAAUUCAGAAACUGAUUACAUACGCACAUUUAUGCAAUACGUCACUAGUUUAGGAUAUCGUUGUGCUGUUUUGAAUCAUCUGGGAACUCUUCCUAAUUUUCCAGUCACAUCUCCUCGAAUAUUUUCGUUCGGAAAUACCAACGAUCUACAUGCUGCUUUAACAGAUUACAUUUCCAAAUAUCCGAAAGCUAAAGUGAUACUCUUCGGAUACAGUCUAGGCGGUAACAUAGUUCCCAAGUAUUUGGGCGAGAAGCGUGAAAGAUCGCCGAAUAUUAUCGCUGGAUUUUCUAUAUGCUCAUUACUUGACGCUAAUAGAGCAAUACAUAAAAGGGAACAAUCGAGGGUGCUCAAAUAUUUUUAUCAGUAUUUUUUAGCGCGUUCCAUCAAAACCAUCGUGCAGCGUCAUCGCGAUAUAUUACUUUCGGACGAGGUUGUCAGACGGCAUAAUUUGGAUGUGAAAUCAAUAUUUAAUGCUAUGUCUCUAGUCAAAUUCGAUGAAUUGUACACCAGAAGAUUACAUAAUUUCGACUCACUCAAAGAUUAUUACGAUUGGAGUAGCGCCAUUCAUUACUUGGAUGGUAUCAAGGUACCGAUGAUAUUCAUUAAUUGUCUAGACGAUCCUCUGGUGUCCGAAAAAAUGAUGAAUCCUGCCAGAGAAUUCGCUAAACGACGCAGUAAAGUGAUUGCCAUCGAGUUGAAAUACGGUGGGCAUUUAGGAUUUUUUGAAAAUAAUUGCUUCAUUUCCGAAUCUAUAACGUGGUUGGAGAAAGCGCUUAUCCAACUUGCCGAGGCUAUAUAUAAAGAUUACAAAUUGCAACAUAGCAUAGAACAGCAGCAAGAAUAAGAGUAAGAUCGUAUUCUCAAAUAAAUACCAGCAACCAUACUCGACGCGAGUUUUCUGGAUGGGAGAUCGUUUUCUGUACCUACUUCGAACACCAGCAAGAACUUCAAAAACAAGUCGAAUUGUAACGAUGACAAAAUUGCCAGCUUCACGUAUUUGCUUUUGAUUUGGAUUCUCGAGUGUAAAGGUGAUUUAGGGGUUUCCCAAAAACUCGCUAGUAUUACUCACAUCCGCUUUAUUGAUGCUAUACUCGUCCAUUAAGUUGUAUCGCAUUUUGCCUGUAUAAAUAAUCAAUGUGUGAAAAACGAGAUGAACGUGGACUGCGCUCAUGGUUUCAAGUUGGGUUACUUAUUUCACGGAUUUUUUUCCCCAAAAAAAUAUCUGACCUAUGCGUUAGACCGCGAAAAAUUGAAAUACGAUCGUCAAAAAUUUGUUUUAAGAUAGCUUAUUAUGUUUAAUGAUGACUGUGAUAGCAUGUGUUAGUGUGUAUAAUGCUGUGUACGAUGCGGCAGAAAAAAUCGACUUAUGAAUUUGUCAAUCCCGUGCGCUAUCCGUGUGUUUGGGGUGAUUUUUAAUGGCAUAUGUAAUGACAGCAGUCAGUAUAUUACACGAAAACUUGACACCAGUAUAAUGGAGUUGAUUUUGUUGAGGGGAUUCGUUGAUUCUUUCUUUUUGCGGACGUUUUAAAUCCAUAUUUUUAGUUUUUACUGCGAUACAAUUUUAUUAAUAGGAAAAAUACUGUACGUUUUAAGAUUUAUACUAUUCUAUUAUUUUAGCCUCGUGUAUGAAGGGAAUGCCAAUGCCUCCCAAUUUUUUUGUCUUAAGUAAUCCCGCCCUUCUGUUUCUUUGUUUGUUUGUUGUUUUUUUUUCAUAUUUAUAAUUUUUAUUAUUUUUGGAAACUUACCAGUGUGAUACGCUUUUUAUAUUUUAAAAUAUCGCUUUAAUGUGAUGUAUUUUAUGCAUUUAGAGAAAUUAUGAGUAUUUUUGUUUUCGUCUUAUCCCUCUCGUUCAUCUUAUGUAAUCUUUGAAAUGACAAUUUUCCAUUUUUAAUGGGCGUUUAUACAAAUAAGUAUUAAUAAUGCUCUCGAAAUAUCGUAAUACUAAAUGCGAAGUAUUAAAUUUAAAAAAAUUGGUUCAUUCCGUGUAGCGGCUGUAGAAUUAUGGUUUAAUUAUCGUUGUUUUCUUUUUUUCCUUUUUUAUCGAAAUUUUUUUUUUCGAAGUCACCCGUUUAAUGAUGCUUUGGAUUUGUUAGUCUGUUAUGAUUUUUUUCCAUUUAUUAUUUUAAUGUAUAUUAUGGUGCACAAUUGAACUGCGAAACAUUCGACACCAAAAAUAAUGAAAAUCUGGAAACGAUAAUCUUUUAUUUUAACGAUAGAAAAGAAAAAAAUAGUUGAUAAUGUAUCUCUACCUACCUACUUGUUGAGCUCUAAAAAAUAUCUUAUUGAUCUUAAUAAUGUUUAAGAACGAUGAGACCAUUCAAUUAUCAGUAGUUUUGAUUACUCAAAAAUAUUCCAAUAUCAUAUUUGAGUUUUUUCAUCUCGGAAGUUUUCCUAUUCAAUUGUGCAUCCUACCUAUGUAGACCUAUCUGUACCUAUUACCUACCCUUAUAGCUUUUCAUUGAUUUGUGUGCUAAAAAGCUCGAUGAUUUUUAUUCAAGUCUUCGAUGUUUUUUAUCAUUAUUUUUUUUUCUAUUACAAGGCGAUUCUUUGUAUUAGCUACGUACAUUUUUCUUCAUCCAAUACGUGCAUAGUUUGUUUUAUUCUGCGUAUAAGUUUUGUAUAAGAGUUACUUGAACAUUGAUUUUAUUCAUAUAUUUAGUACGAUGUUUGAUUUACGAGAUUCAUGCGUGAUUGUAUGUCCGAUUUUAGAUUUCUUUUCUGUUCUUUCAUUUCGAUGGUGAAUCGUGACGAUGAUGAUGUGGAUCAUCAUAUAUGUGAUAUGUCUCUUCUAGAGUAACUCGGUGGAGUGUAUUCUGUUUGAAAGAUUUGCUUAAAUUGUGUUCAUUUAAUAAUCCUGUGUCUUGCACUUGUCUUUUAUCUUUAUCUUCCACGAAAUGAUAUUUUCCUUUCCAAGUAGAAAGUUUGGGUUUCUUAUGGCCGUUUACUACUUAUAACUUGACUGGCAUGUAAUUAUGGUUUUGUGUGUCUCGAAUGCAAUAUUGAAUGUAGAAAGGAGUACGUUCCUUUUUCAUUUUACGUAUUAUUUGAUGAAGAUCUGUUGUUGUAUUCGAAGUACAUGCUAAAUUAUGGUGAUCCAGUGAGAGUUAAUGAUUCGUGAUAAGAAAUAUGAUCAUUUGAAUUUCGUUGGUUUCAUUUUCAGGUCUUCUAAUUUGAACUAAUUGCGUCUUUGAGAGGUCAGGUGCAGAAAUUCAAAUCGCCGGCACUUCCUUGAAACAACUUGAAGUCAUUUUUUUACCUUCACGGUUCUAUUUCUUUUGGAGAUAGUUGACUCGAUUAAUGUUAUGAGACAUUACAACUCGAAACGCUGAAAAUUUCUUCGAGAGUACGAUGGAAAUCUUGAGAUUUUUUUUCGAUCCGUCCCAUUGCUUCGGUAUCUUGCCUAGAGAGAUCAUGAAAUUGCGAUAAUUUCUCUGUCAGAGUACAACUUCCAUCGAGUUGUGGUUCUGAAUAAUGUAUUUUGUGAUGACAUAGCUUAGUUAGCUUUUUGUCUCCAAGAAGAAGGAUAGUCGAAUUUUUUAGAUCUUUGUUACGAGAAGUAUUAUUUUCGAAAGAAUGUCGUUAAAUUUAUCGAAUGAAACCGAUUUUAAACGCGUUUUUAAUUCUUCCAAGACAGAUGAUUUUAGUAGUUUUAAUUUUUUUUUUUUUCGUUUUUAGGAGAGUAAAUGUGCCAUCUAAAAUUUAACGAAGGCAGUCACCUAUUUUUCCAUGUUUUAUUUGUAUUAUAGUUGUUUUUUUUUAAUUUAUAUUUUCAUUAAUUUUUAAAACCCGGGUGACUAAAUACUUUGGUCAAAUUGAAUGAUGAAUUUAAAGGUCACAUAACAGUAUUUUUAUCAUUUCACAGAAAGACGUAUUCCAGUGUUUCCUUGUAUUUUUCCCCCAUUGUUGAAUUUAACAUUUAGAUUAGUGCUUAAUUCUACUCGAGUCGUCACAAAUGUUACCAUUCAAAUAUUACGAUAACUUCAGUGGCACUUUUAAAGACGUUUUAAUAUUUAAAUUUAAUUUAUCGAGUAUCCGAUUUACAUUUUUAUUUUCUCGUCACAAUUGUAAUGCUCGAGUUUUUCAUUCACUUUUACGAACAAAUUUUAUAUAUUUUAGACUGCUAGCUCGUUCGAAAAUUUACCAGCAUUGUUUAAAAAUGAAGAAAUAAUUCGCAUAAAUUUGAACAUUUUUUUUCAUUUGAGAUUCCAUUUCAAAUGUAUAAUCAUACUCCUCCUUUCAUUCCCCAAAAAAAUGAUUUUUUUUACCUUUUUUUUUCGACGAGCGUACUAUAAUUUUAUUUUGAAAUUUAAAAGUACGUAUUCAAGAUAUUUUUGUUUUUUCGUUAAUUAUUAUUACUUACUGCGAGUAUUGUUUUUCUUCUUUUCCGGACAGUAUCCAAUUUUUUUAAAUACUUACUUAUCCAUGUAAAAAUUACUUAUUCUCGAACGAUGUUACCCAGUUCAUUGUACAAGAAUUCAGGUAUAAAUGUUUAAUUAUGUGAUAUAUUAUUUGAGAUUCCAAUUUUAUAUACUAUGCAUUUAACAAAUUCGACAGUAUUAUCUUCGCUAUUGAGUAUGUGUACGUGUACACUUGAAAUUCACACAUACCUACAUUUUGGUCGUUGAUUAUUUAUAUUUUGUGUUUGUCUGUGUGGUGUAUUUCUAUUUUUUUUUUUUUUGAGGUUAUCUUGUGAGGAAAUAUUUCUAUUUUCGAGGGUGGAUUAAGUAGCAUGAUGAAGAAUAACGAAUUUAGUUUUAUACCUUUUUUAUCUCGUCUUUUCGGAUCUCUAUGUGCGUUUAAAAAAAAGUGAUUUAAAACGUCUCGUACAUGUAAUGGUCUUUUUUUUUGGAAUGGACGGAUAUUCGCGUUAUUUUGAUAUUUAUAAGUACUUAAUAUGUUAUAUUAACACUUUUUUCCAAUUUAAAUAAUCAGUAAAGAUUGUUUACUUCUUGUGUGAA